GGAGCCCAGGGUGGGCACCUGCAGCUGCAUGGCCAGGGAUCAGAGCCCAGGGUUGGCGCUUGGGGGUCCAUGCCCGCUGCUGCACAGCUGGAGCUAGGAGUCAGCGUCCGUGGCCAGCACCCGCUGGAGCCUGCUGCAGCAUCAUCAGGACUGGAGCUCGGCAUCCAGGGCCAGAGCCUGCCAGAGCCUGGGGUUGGCGCCUGCUACCGUGUGACUGGGACUGGGGAUCUGCACCUGGAGCUGGGGAUUGCUGCCCAUGGUCAGCACCUGCCGGAACCCAGGGUCGCCAUCCAGGCGCAGUGCCCAGGCUCAGUGGCCAGGGCCGGGGAUCGGCCACCACUGGGAUUGGGGUCUCUGCCUGCUGCCACAUGGCCAGGGCCAGGGAUUGGGGGUUGAUGCCACACAGCCAGAGCCAGGGAUCGGAGCCUGCAGCCAGGAGUUGGCAUCUGAAGCCCCAUGGCUGAAGGCCAGGGCUGCAUGGCCAGAGCGGGGGGUCAGCGCCCAGAACUCCACGGCCAGAGCUGGCAAGGACACGCUGUCCUGUGCUGGAGGAAGAGGCCCGGCCCCACCUCUCCAGAGGGUCUCUUGGGGGAUGGUAGUUGGCGGUGCCAAGCUUUUGUGCCUAGGAACAAUGGUGGGAAGCCCGGUUUACUUCCCAGGAAAAGCUCCCCACAAGGGCAUUGUUCCUGGAACGUCCAUAAACCGAGAGGCAGUUGGGGAGGGACGGGCUCACGAGAGAACAGUGAAGAUGUGGAGUGUUAUUCCAGCCCUGCUUUGGCUCUGCACCUGGACGCUGGUAACCGGGGACCCAGGCACCUGCCCAGAGGUGAAGGUGGUGGGUCUCUCCGGUGCUGAGAAACUCACCAUAUUACAGGGAUGCCCCGGGACGCCAGGCGCAGCAGGAAGCCCUGGAGAAAAGGGGGCACCGGGUCAACCGGGCCUGAGAGGGACCGUGGGACCGCCCGGGAAAGCGGGACCGAAGGGGGACCGAGGAGAUCACCCAGACCCUUCCUUCCUCUGCCAGAACGGGCCAAAGAGCUGCAAGGAGCUUCUGAGCAAAGGGGAGUUCCUGAGCGGCUGGCACACCAUCUACCUGCCGGACUGCCGGCCGCUGAGGGUCUUCUGCGACAUGGACACUGAUGGCGGAGGCUGGCUGGUGUUCCAGAAACGCAUGGACGGCUCGGUGGAUUUCUACCGCACUUGGAGCGCCUACAAGAAGGGCUUCGGGAACCAGCUCUCCGAGUUCUGGUUGGGCAAUGAGAACCUCCACCUGCUCACCCAGGACGGCGAGUUCCAGCUCCGCGUGGACCUGGUGAAUUUUAAUGACAGCAGCUCCUUUGCCAGCUACCGGUCCUUCAAGCUCAAGGGGGAAGAGGACAAGUACGAGCUUGUUCUGGGGACGUUCCUCGGCGGCUCUGCAGGUGACUCCCUGGGCCUCCACAACGGGCAGCCUUUCUCCACCUAUGACCGUGACAACGACAGCGGGACGCAGAACUGCGCCGUCUCUGUGCAUGGCGCCUGGUGGUACACGAACUGCUACCGCGCCAACCUGAACGGGGGCUACGCGGUGGGGGAGCAGAAGCGGCAGAGGUACGGCAUCGAUUGGGUCUCUAGCCAGGGCGUUGGCAACCCCUACAAACGCACGGAAAUGAAGCUCCGCUAGCCGGGGGGGUGGGCAUCCAACCUGUGCAUCUGCGGCACGCCCGAGACAGCAGGACCGAGCUGCCUCAUAGAUCCUCGUACAGCAAACCAGCUUCCUCUCCCCCUGCAGCAGCUUCAGGAGCCUCCAGUAAUUACACCCCCCCACCAUCUCUGGAGGGAUAAAAGACUCCUUCCUGGGAUGAUCCCCAAGGUCCCGUGAGGACAGCCCUCCUGAUGCAGUCACUCCCCUCACUCCCAGAGCAACGGGGCAGAUCCUUGCUCUCCUGGCCCUGCCAUCUGACGUUGCAUUGAGUCGUGUUGUGUCCAGAUUCUCUGGAGGCAGCUUAGCGCCAUCACGUGCCCAGAGGCAAACGCAUAGGCCACAGUGAGCUCAGUGCAUGUCCCCACACAACGCGGUAGCAUGUGAUCCUCUGCAGAAACUGCUUUCCAAUAGCGUUGCCCAGAUCAGGACUACCGACUGAUAUAGACUUUGUGUGUGUGUACAUACAUGUCGUUGGGCCUGUGUAUGCGUGUCAGACCCAAUUACACGCAUGUGGAGGGUAGCUCUGGCGUGUAUUUUUCAUACGAUACUGCUGCACUUGCGGCUGCUGUGUUCUGUGCACCCAAUAAAAGCAUCACU